AUGAUGCUCGCGGGGUCGUCGUACGCAGGUGUACAGCCAAACUUUGAUGAGCAGCAUCUCUCAGUAACUCUGAGAUCUUCUCACCAGACGCUCAGUGCCGGGGAUCAGUUCUACCUUGCGCUUGACCUCGAUAUUGACGAAGGAUGGCACACUUACUGGGACGGUCUGAGUGAUACGGGAUACGCGCCGACCAUCAGCUUUGAAACCAACACUCAGGCGCUGUCGUUUGGAGAACCUGUUUGGCCGACUCCUGAACGCUACAUCGCACCCGGAUCGAUCCUGGAUCACAUCUAUGAAGAUGAGAUCGCCGUGCUGAUCCCAGUGGAAGUUGAACAAGCCGCGUCAGCGCCGCUGCAUGUCGUUAUCACGGCUUCGAUCGAUUACCUGAUCUGUAAAGAUUACUGCUUGCCUGAAUCCGCGAAGGCGACGACCGCGAUCGCGAUUGCGAGCAUGACAGAUCCAAAACCAGACCAAUCGAUCCUCUCAAUCGCAAAGGAUCUUCCAAUGGAUCUGGUUGAGUACGACAUCCAGUGGAGCAGCGAGCAAGCGACGCUGACCGUUCCUGGCGCAACCCACUACCGAUUCUUCCCGAGCGAUGAAUGCACUCAACCAGCGGACCUCAUCAAGCAAGGCGACAUCGAGUCCAGCUCGAUGACCAUCACAUUCGAUCGUUCAUACGACGAUCCAUCCGACCCAAUCCGUCUCUCAGGAGAUUCAACCAUGAAAGCUCGCAAACGUUUCGCAAUCCUCGCCGUCGCCGCAGCCGCUCUUGCUGCUCCCGCAGUCAUGAUGGGUGCCGCGAACCUGAACACAAGCACCACCACAAACACCGCAGCUGCGGCGUUGUCGAUCGGUGACACCGUCCCCAACUUCACGCUCGUGGACCUCAAUGACAAUUCCCACACGCUGACUGAUUACACCAGUGCUGGGAAGACGGUUGUACUUGAGUGGUAUUCGCCGGACUGCCCGUUUGUUCGGAAACACUACCGCAAGGACACCGGGACGAUGACCAAACUCGAAGCACAGUUCGCGGACAAUGAUGUCGUUUGGCUGCGAAUCAACUCAGCACACGGAGCACAUCCAUCGGCUGAUCUCUCGCACAACAAAGACUACGCAAAGAAAUGGAACAUCCAGUCCCCGAUCCUGAUGGACACCACUGGAUCGACGGGUAAGAAGUACGGCGCCAAGCGUACGCCAGAGAUGUACAUCAUCACCCCUGACCAGACCCUCGCGUACCACGGUGCGAUCGACAACCGCUCCGAUGCUGCGGCACCGGGUGAUGUCAACUAUGUCGAGAACGCGCUCAACGAGCUUGUUGCCGGGAACUCUGUUUCCAAAGAGACGACCAAGCCGUACGGACCGCUCGGCACAUUCUUUAACUUCCUCGUCAUCGCGCUCGGAUUCGGGUUCAUCGUGUUUGUCCACGAACUGGGGCACUUCAUCGCUGCGAAGUGGGCCGGCAUCCGCGUGCUCGCGUUCUCGAUCGGUUUCGGACAGGUCGCGUGCUCGUAUCGCAAAGGGAUGGGAUUCAGGGCAGGCUCAUCGGAACCUGAGUACAUGAAGCUUGUUCGAGAAAACGACGGCGAUCACACCAAGCUCGACAUCUCCCCAACCGAGUACCGCCUCUCUUGGCUCCCGCUCGGUGGGUAUGUCAAGAUGCUUGGUCAGGAAGACCUCAAUCCCGUCGCCGUGUCCUCGGCUCCGGAUUCAUACCAGAACUGUCCGAUCCCCAAAAGACUCGUGGUCAUCAGCGCGGGAGUGAUUGUCAAUGUCAUCACCGCCGCGUUGCUGUUUAUCCUUGUGUUCUCUGUUGGAUUGCGGAUCAUGCCUCCGACGAUCGGUCAGGUGCUUCCGUCGAGUCCCGCGGCUCUCGCGACUCCUGUAGACGAUCAAUACACGAUCGGUCUCCAGCCGGGAGAUCGCGUGCUGUCGAUCAACAGCAAAGAGAUCGUCGCGUUCAGAGACAUUGCUACUGAAGCCGCGAUGUCAAAAGCGUCAAAACCAGCUUCGAUUAUGAUCCAGCGUGAGGGGAGUGAUCAACCGAUCGAGUACCUCGCGGACCUCAAGCCGGGAGCACAGCUGGGGCUGCUGGAUCUUGGAGUUACACCGCUGCGUUCAACGGAGAUGCUUCUGACGGAUGAUCUGCGGACCUGGAGACUCCUCGCGGACAACUAUGGUCUCGAUCAGAUCCCGCCGGGGUCCCAAAUCCUGAGCGUGAACGGGCAAGCUGUAUCCAACACUGUUGAGAUUCAGCAGAUCGCUUCGAGUGCGAGUCAACUCGAGAUCGAAUACGCCAAUCCAGAGGGCGAAUCAUCGCAGAUCUCGAUCCCGACACAACAAGAACUCAUGACCGAGUUCGUAGAGAUCGAAGGCACGUCACUCCAGAUCGAUCAUGUCUUCGGACUCACAGGACUCAUGCGCGUCCAUCCUGAUGUGACGAUCGAGGACACCAAGCAGGGAUUGAUGCCGGGGGAUAUCUUUGUGGUCAUCGCGGGAGUCGAGUACCCCUCGCUUGAUACGGCGAUCCGUACGAUCCGUGAGAACGCGGGACGGCCCAUCGAUAUCAAAGUUCUGAGAGAUGAAACGCUGAUCGAUCUAGCCGUGCAGGUGUCUGACGAUGGUCGCGUCGGAUUCUAUCCGGAUACUACCACAUACGACCUCCCCUACAUUUCACACUCUGAGAGUGUUGGUGAUGAGAUUGGUCACUCACUCCCAAACGGUGCCAAAAUUCAGUUCGUAAAUAGCAAACAAGUCUCAUCAGUGAGCGAGCUCGCCAACGCGCUGCUCAGUGGUGGUGGUCUCGGCUCGACUGUCCUCUAUUCCACCUAUGACGAAUCAUCGCAACAAGAAGCAACCAUUGUGCUCACAGAAGCGCAGAAGCAACACCUGCAAACGCUCACCCAUCGUUGGCCCGGCGGCGCGGACAUGUCAACGCUGUUCCUCCCUGUCCAACAGAUCGACAAAGCAACCUCUCCAGUUGCUGCCGUGAAGAGAGGGAUCCACGAGUCGCGCCGAGUAAUGCUCCAGACCUACCUCACCUUCCUGCGUCUUACGCAAGGCACCGUCAAGGUCGAGCACCUCAAGGGACCUGUGGGAAUCGCGCAUAUCGGAACGCUCAUCGCGGACGAGGGAUUCAUCAAGGUCUUGUUCUUCAUGGCGCUCAUCUCGAUCAACCUUGCCGUGAUCAACUUCCUCCCGCUCCCGAUUGUCGACGGUGGACAGUUCCUGUUCCUGAUCUACGAAUGGGUCCGAGGCAAACCGAUCCCGAUCCCGGUCCAGAACGCCGUAACCAUGGCGGGGCUCUUGCUGAUCGGAUCGAUGUUCCUGCUCCUUCUUUCGAUCGGCGCUCUGGGUGCGUGGAUUGUCGCGGUUGUUUACACAGCAUGGUCCUUGCUGCAUCCGCCUCGCCGGACAUAUGCGUGGGCGCUGCAUCGGGGUGUUCCGGGUGAUCCCUCGGAGCUCGACGAAACACUCCCCUUUGAGUCGCUCGAUAUCGAGUCCAACAACAGAACCCUCAACGCUUGGAAGGUAGCCGCUCAUAAUCCUGAGGCGCCACGCCUUGUGCUUGUCCACGGCUGGGGAUCGUCCUCGAUCGGCGCUCUCAAACGCAUCCCACAUCUUGCGCAUCACGCGAGCGAGAUCAUCACCAUCGAUCUCCCAGGACACGGCGAGUCAACCGGCACCUCACAGAUGGGCGCGACAGAACACACCGAUCUUGAUGUACUUCUCUCAUCAUUGGAUGAUUCCAAACCCACCAUCGUCUACGGCUGGUCGAUGGGCGCGGGGAUCGCACUCCGAUUCGCACGCGACUACAAAGACCAGCACGACAUCCGAGCGGUGAUCGCGGAAUCGCCGUAUAUCCAGGCGCAGACUCCCGCUCGUAACGUCAUCAACCUCCGCGGACUCCCAACGAAGCUUAACCUCAAACCCGCGAUCAUGCUGAUGGGUAUGCUCAAAGGAGUCGGGCCAAAGUGGAACGGAUUCGCACGCGAUCAGAUCGCGAAAGACUUACAAGUCCCGCUGCUGGUCAUCCAUGGCACGGACGAUCCCGUCUGUCCGCUCGAUGACGCGCAGCGAAUCCGAGCCGCCGCUCCGAGUGUGACGCUUGUCGAAAUCCCCAGCGCCGGACACAACAACAUCUGGACAGUCCCAGAGUUCUCACAGAUCGCGGCGGAUGAGAUUCAGUCGUUCAUCGACUCGAACGCUACGAACUCGAUGCAAAUCAUCGCAGAUCGCGCCGUAGAUGAGUUCGUCAAAGAUGAUUGUGUCGAGUAUCUCAGCAUCCUCAUCGCUUGGGCGCACGAGUUUGAUGCCCUUCAUCCCCAGAUCGGUCUGAUAGACGGAUCCAGAGGUAACAUACUUUGUGCCGAUCACGCCGAUGACCUUGCGUUCAUCUCGUGCGAUUUGAUCCGCGACCGCAUCGGUCAUUUUAAUCCAAGGGAUCGGGGAACUCACAUCCGCGAGCUGCACAGCGUGUUGGACCGCGUUGUCGGGAGUAAAGCAGAACUCGGCGCCGAUCUCAGCAAGUUUUUGGGCGGACUCACGAAGCAUCUGUCCGACGAGUCUCCAGUUGUCGCUUCGGACCGCUUGGAUAUAGAGCGCAAGCGGGAUGUUGUAGAUCGAAACCACAGGAUGCCUAUCCGCCGGGAGCUUGACCGACGCGUGUCGGAACAACUGCCGAUAACAGCUUGCCGCCCCUUCAGGGCUCACCGCAACGAUGCCGAUGUGCUUGGACACCACAUCAUCCCAGAAAUCCCGCUCACUGUCAAUCCUACACUUCCAUCCAUGACACCCAACACGGACAAUUCAACCAACGCCUUCCAAAUCCUCGGCAUUGAGCCAAGUUUUUCGAUCUCGCAUGAUCAGAUCCAGCGUGCGUACUUCCAGCGACUCGGAGCGAACCACCCCGAUCUGGGGCAAACGGACCAAAUCGAUCCGCUCGAUCCCGCAACGCUCAACAACGCACGCGAUGCGCUGCUCAACGACGAGUCCCGCGCCAACUUGAUGCUUCAGAUUGUCGAUGGUCCAUCGUCAAAGGACACGACGCUCCCUGAUGGAUUCCUGAUGGAGAUGAUGCAACUCCGCUCGCAGAUCGAAGAGGAACUCGAAUUCGAUCCCGACGAAGCAAGACCUCGCUGGCAGCAGUGGGCCGACGAUCAACGCAAGCGGACGAUCGAAGAGAUUACCAACCUAUUCGAUUCGCUCGCAGUGCAUCCGCAAUCAGAGCAUGAGCAGAUCAAGCAGACCAUCCGCACCACACUCAACGCGUGGCGCUACACAGAACGGCUCAUCGAACAGCUCGAUCCGACUUACGAUCCGAACGAUUCUGAUAUUUAA